AUGGCCAAGGAUAGAGCAUUCUGUGGCCCACUGAACUCGGAUGAUAACCCUAUCCCUACAAACGACGAGGAUAGCGAGCAGGAGGGCUCUGAAACCAACCCUAUCGUUAUAAACGACGAUGCCGACGCCUUAGACAAGGAGGAAAGGCCAGUGCAAAAUGAUUUUACUAGGGAUACGGAGCCUCUGAGUACGCCAGAAUUUUGGGCAAUUUUGCGCAAUCUAGGCGACCAAGGCUUCCACGUUCCACAGAACAAGCCCAAAAUAACGGACUUGGCUUGUGGCUUGCCAUCAUCUCAAUCGGUCUAUGAUCAAAUGUCCGAUUGUACCUGUUCCCCUGAGCCUGAAUCAUUCCCAACGACCAUCUGGAGGAAGAAAGACCCCAAGUUGCCAACCCCACCAAACAAAGAUGAGAGCUGUGGUCUGAUAGCAGAGACUAACACAUCUUGUGGUCAACCCAGCUUUUCGUGGUCUGGUCAAGGGGAUGAGUUAGGACCAUCUACUGAGACUAGCCAGGCCGACAAUGGCAAUCCGCUCCGUUUACAAGGAUCCGGUAAACGCAAAAGGGGACACGAAGGCGAGAACAAUUCUGGGAACAGACGAUCAAACCGCUUAGCGAACAGGGGGAAACAGGACCGGAACAGUAGUUUUCUCUCCUUCUAG